CAAAAUUCCAGGUAUUGAGUCUAGGAAGUAAAUUUAGAUUUGUUUACACUAACAACGAAUAACGAUAGUAAAAACGACAAGGAUCUAGCUGAAUAUCAUAAUGGAAGAUCCUCUUCAUAUUUUAAUUGUUGGACAUAAUCUUCAGGCAAAAUGCGACGUUGCAAACGCAUUUAUAAAACAAAAGAGUGGAUUCAAACAGUUUAACUGUCGUCAAAAUUUGCUUGUCAAAAAAAUAGUCGGUGCAAAAUCAACUCAGACAGUUGCAGGGCGACAACUUCAUAUUGUCCUCACACCAAACCUCAAUACUCCUGGGUGGACACAUAUGAAUGAUGGAAUAAUUAGCAAAUACACAAACAGAGUGUUUGUUUAUGUUAAAGCACCUGGUCUUGUAAGAGUGAACGAUGAUGAAUCAAUAAAAAACAUUAAAGAAAAGUUUCGGAAACCAAACUUAAAACGUUACGUACAUAAAGAAAAAACGAACGGAUAA